AUGCUUCGUGAGCUCUUCCUCGCGGUGGCGGUGGUUGCGGCGGCCGCGUUCAACGCGCCCCUCACCCGCGUCCCUAGCAGCCCGCUUGCGCGCUGCGCCGCCUCGUCGCCGCUGCGCGCCCCGCUCGCCGUCGGAUCGACCGUCGAGGGCACCGUCCGCUCGGUCCAGCAGUACGGCGCCUUUGUCGACAUUGGCUUUGCGAGCGACGGCCUGCUGCACGUGUCUGAGAUGGCAGACACCUUCGUCAAGGACGCCAACGACAUGUUCGCGGUGGGCGACGCGGUGACGGUGCGCGUGAAGAGCGUCGACCUCGCCAAGGGCCAGACCGCCUUCAGAGUUGGGAGUCCACCGUGCACCGCGAGCUAG